AACAUGGAUGGGUCACAGUAAAUGGUUACGGUGCUGGUGGAGCGUUUGUAGAUCUGUAAAACUUCCCAGGACAAGUGCUGAACCAGAAGUGCUAGCUCCGUGCACCGUCCUCUGCAUCAUAUUUGGCGGAAAUAACUCAUUAAGACUCGCACACUCUGACAGUAGGCUGAACAACAACCCUCCGUCUGACCUUCAGUGGCACCCUGUCCACCAUCAGCCCCUCGCUGCCGUUUCAACAAUGAACUAUGGGAAGCUCCCAACAGUGAGUGAAGAAUGGCCAGGUUUAGGCUCAAAUCCUGCAUCGGCUUUAUCGCUUUGCCUUUGCUCGUACUCAUCAUAACGCUGGUAUUAAAGGCUUUCUUCCCAGAGGACUCUCCUUCUCAACGUUCUGGGGAGGUUAAAGUAAAUCUUAGACCGACUGCUUCUCAGAACCAGUGGGGCUACAACAAAAAAUCUGAACAGACCAAAAUGAAUGACCAUGCUCAGUCGGACACAGAAGCAGAGCUGGAAAGCAUACUGAGGAAGUUUCCUCCUCCCAACUACUAUCUCCAUGCUUUCUACUAUGUAUGGUAUGGAAACCCUAGGUUUGAUGGGAAAUACAUCCACUGGGACCAUCCACAGCUGCCACAUUGGGAUGCAAAGGUGGCUCAGGAAUAUCCACAAGGAAGGCACAAACCCCCUGACGACAUUGGGGCCAACUAUUACCCCUCCUUAGGGCCGUACAGUUCCAGGGACCCCUCUGUUUUAGAGGCACAUAUGCAGCAGCUGCGUACAGCAGCCAUUGGCGUCAUCGCCGUUUCCUGGUAUCCUCCUUCCACGAAGGAUGACAAUGGUGAGCAAAUUGAUGACAUAAUGCCUUCAUUGUUGGCGGUGGCACAUAAAUACCACAUUAAGGUUGCUUUUCAUAUUGAGCCCUACAAAGGAAGAGAUGAAUUCAACAUGUUUACCAAUGUCAAAUACAUCAUUGAGAAAUAUGGAGAGCAUCCGGCAUUUUUCAGGUACCGGACAAACGCUGGCAAACUACUUCCACUCUUUUAUGUUUAUGACUCAUACUUGAUGAACUCAGAGCAAUGGGCUAAGCUGCUGAAACACACAGACAGCAGCAGCAUCAGGGACACCCCAUAUGACGGCAUCUUUAUCGCCCUGCUGGUUGAAGAGAAACAUAAGAGAGAGAUCCUGACUGCAGGGUUUGAUGGCUUCUACACCUACUUCGCUACCAAUGGUUUCACGUAUGGCUCCACUCAGCGCAACUGGGUCUCUAUCAAAGCUUUCUGUGAUGAUAAUGACCUUAUAUUCAUUCCAAGCGUUGGCCCAGGAUACAUUGACACAAGCGUGCGACCCUGGAAUUUUAAGAACACUAGAAACCGCAUCAAUGGCAAAUACUACGAAACCUCGCUGAGCGCCGCGUUGGAGUCCAGACCUGAUUUUAUCUCCAUUACAUCUUUUAAUGAGUGGCACGAGGGGACUCAGAUUGAGACAGCAGUUCCAAAAACGGGUCAAAGUGUGUACCUGGACUAUCUGCCCAAUAAGCCCACCAUCUACCUGGAAAUAACUCGUAAAUGGGCAGCAAUAUUCGGUGGAGAACGACGAAGAUGGCAGGACUGAUUGUAGAAAAUAUGUAUUAGUUAUGAUGUAUUCUACUGAAAAACUAAUUUCAUUGUCAGAAUGGGCAACAUUUUGCAAAUGACUAAUUGUAUGAGAAAGUUUUAAAAUAUUUUACAGCCAUAGUGCAGAUGACGGUUCCAUCGUUAUCUUAGUUUUGGCUCCAGUCAUGUAUGUUUUUAUUUGUUGGCACUUGAAGGAACUGCAUUAUUUUCUGUUUACACUCUUUGACUCAUAAAUAGUCAAACCGAGAUUAUUUCUGUUCUCUCUUUUUUUCAUCUUUCUCUGAUUCUUGAAUUUUAUAGUUAAUUAUUAGGAAUCAAUUAUGCCCAGAUAAUUAAUUUAAUACUUCAAAGACAUCCCAGUUUACAUGUUAAAAUGAGCCUUACCGAUGCAAACGGUAAGGAAACAGAGUGGCUCUUUAGGUCUGUAAACACACUAUGAAUGGAGAGAGAAUGGUCAAUAUGUUUCUUUCACCUUAUGUGUGGUGUCUCACUGUGCAUGAAUCACGUGAAUAAACUGAUCACAUACUGAUGUGUGGAAUGUUGUCAUCACCUACCAACAUCUCGCAUUCAGGCAUAUUACACAUUUUUGUCAGUGUUAAAUUUUUUUGUAUGGGAAUUACAGCCAGCUUUUAUGUAAUCAUUCUGUUUGGAACAGGUUCAACACUAAUUAAAUGGCACACAAUUUCA